GACAGGGGGACGAUUUCUUGUGUGUUCGUGGUGCAGGUAAGACGCGUGUGCGGCGAGAGGUGUGUCUGGCUGGUUGGUGCACUGCCUCGCCACCAGUUUGAGUAACGUUAUAAGCCUUGCAGGAGUGUACAACAAGGGGCAGUGUAUACGACGAGGGACAAGGUCGGGUCAUGCCGGCCAUCCCCUAACCAUGGAACAAACAAGUCUCGGGCGUCAGUCAGGAGGUGGAGCACGACCCGUCAAGUCUGGCACCGGCUUUCCUACAUCUGCGCACUAUCAACUUCGUGGAGGCGCAUCUGUUUCACCCUCUUCAGAAGAUGACGCAGACCGAGGAGGCGUGUGGUCCGGCACAGUUCCUGCCACUACUGAAGGGAGAACUAAACUAGUGUGUCCUGUCCACCCCAACCUGCGGCAGCCAACUUGCACUAGAAGACGCAAACUCGCUCUCUGCGCCUACCACGGAGGAACUGGACCCUGCCUCGCACCAGCUCUGCCCUGACAAACGCGGCGUCAUCCAGGGAGGGAGGACACACUGCCUCGCACCAGCACUGCCCUGACAAACGCGGCGUCAUCCAGGGAGGCUGGACACUGCCUCGCACCAGCUCUGCCCUGACAAACGCGGCGUCAUGCAGGGAGGGAGGACACUGCCUCGCACCAGCUCUGCCCUGACACGCGGCGUCAUGCAGGGAGGGAGGACAUACUGCUUCGCACCAGCUCUGCCCUGCCCUGACAAACGCGGCGUCAUCCAGGGAGGCUGGACACACUGCCUCGCACCAGCUCUGCCCUGACAAACGCGGCGUCAUCCAGGGAGGGAGGACACUGCCUUGUUUCAUGUAACCUAACCAAUACAUGUUGCCAAUCAG